GCGAAUUGGCCAUGCUGAGUUGUGUUGCCGUGGCGAAUUGAUCCAUUCCGCCGGCGGCCGGCUGGAGCUCAGCUGCCCGAGAGGGGCCGAGCAGGAAGCCGUCCUCCAGCAGCGGCGAGACCGCCCUUCCUCCGCCUCUGCCCGCCCUCUCCGCGGCCAGUGGGAAGCGGCUUGGGCCGGGUCUUUGGGGCCGGUUCCUCGGUGCGCCGUGCGCCCAGGGCGCACCGUGGAGAGGCGGCGGGGCGCGUUCUUGCAGCCGCCGCUGGUGGCGAGCGAGGGAGGGAGGGAAGGAGGCAUGGCCGGGCCGGGCGCCGCGGAUCCCCCGCCGGACCUCUACCGGGACACCUGGGUGCGCUACCUGGGCUACGCCAACGAGGUGGGAGAAUCCUUCAGGGCCUUGGUGCCCGUUUCCGUGGUCUGGGCCAGUUAUGGCGUGGCAACGGCCUACGUGACAGCAGAUGCGGUCGACAAGGGUAAAAAAGCCGCAGCAGCUGCAAAACCUCAGGAGGAAGGGAGGGCCACGCAGGCGGCCGUGGCCGUGGUGGACACGUUCAUCUGGCAAGCCUUGGCCUCCGUGGCCAUUCCCGGAUUCACCAUCAACCGCAUCUGCGCAGGGUCCCUCUACCUCAUGGGCAGCUUGACCCGCUGGCCACUCCCUGUCAGGAAAUGGACGACGACGGCCGUUGGGCUUACGGCCAUUCCUUUCAUCAUCAAGCCUAUCGACAGGUCCGUGGAUUUCUUAAUGGAUUCCAGCCUUCGCAAACUUUACAAAAGCGAUGAGAAGCCGCCUUCGUUUUGAGAGGGCCGGUCCGGUGUUUUAGAGAUCUACCUCCACUACCUCUUCCCUCUAGGAUCCACACAGAAAUGGGUUCAGUGGUGGAUCAGGGGAACAGAUCCGUUCGGUUGGGUUUUGGGGAAGGGAGCGAAUCAAGCAUGGGAUGAGAUUUUCCUUCAAAGUACGUUCAGGUGCUGGGGAGCAAAAACGAAGAGCUGGAUGUUGAUUUCAGCUCCAUCUUCAGAUCUUUUUUCAAAAAAAACGGGUCUUAUUUAAUUAAAAAAAGAUAAUAAGGUACAGUUCUGAGAACAAGCUUGGAUUUUAGAGCAGUGGCUCCCACGUGCUUAUCGAUUAUCAAUUUUUUUGUUUUUAAGUUUUUACUUUUUUUUUUUUAAUAAUGUAAGCCACACCCAAAUUUACCUGGAGUUGGGUGUCCUUUAAAUUCUAGUAAAUAAGUGUCUAGUAGCAAGGAUGAGCAAGAAAGCAGCACACUGUUUUCUCCUACGCUGUGAAGUCCACCGAGGAAUUGCACUAAUUAGCUAAUGAUUUAAUUGCCCUGAAAUUUGCAACGAAUGGAGUUGUUUUCAGGUCCACGGAUUUCUCACUCACCUCACUGUUAAAAAUGAACGUCUUAAAAAUAAAGGGGAAACAAAUUGA